AUGGCGUUGGGUGGUGGAGGAAACAUAAAGGUCGUCGUGAGAGUGCGACCUUUCAAUAGCAGAGAGAUUGACCGGAAAGCACAAUGCAUCGUCCAAAUGAAAGGCGAGCAAACGGUGCUCUCUCCGCCAACGAAUACCGAUGCCCGCAACAAGAACGCGAAGGCCGCCAUUGACGGCUCCAAGACAUUCGCUUUCGACAAGAGUUACUGGUCCUUCGACAAGAAAGAUGCCAGCUAUGCCGGCCAAGACAAUCUCUUCGACGACCUCGGAAAGCCCUUGCUGGACAAUGCCUUUGGAGGUUACAACAACUGCAUCUUCGCCUACGGCCAGACUGGCUCCGGAAAGUCGUACUCGAUGAUGGGUUAUGGUCCAGAAGAAGGUGUAAUUCCCAAGAUUUGCAGAUCAAUGUUCGAGCGCAUCGAAGAGGCUCAGAAGGACGCCAACCUAAACUGUACCGUCGAGGUCUCUUACCUCGAGAUCUACAACGAGCGCGUCAGAGAUCUGUUAAACCCCUCGACCAAAGGCAACCUCAAAGUCCGUGAACAUCCCUCGACCGGUCCGUAUGUCGAAGACCUUGCCAAACUCGUUGUGCGCUCCUUCGCCGAGAUCGAUCACCUCAUGGACGAGGGCAACAAGGCCCGUACUGUCGCAGCUACCAACAUGAACGAGACAAGUAGUAGAUCGCAUGCCGUCUUCACCCUCACCUUGAGCCAGAAACGCCAUGAUGCAGACACUGGAAUGGACACAGAAAAGGCCGCCAAAAUCUCGCUGGUCGAUUUGGCUGGUUCAGAGAGAGCUCAGUCUACAGGUGCAACCGGUGCACGUCUGAAAGAAGGUGCUGAGAUCAAUCGAUCCUUGUCUACACUUGGCCGUGUCAUCGCUGCUUUGGCCGAUCUCUCGAGUGCGAAGCCUGGUGCCAAGAAGAAAACCGCUCAGGUUCCGUAUCGUGAUUCUGUCCUCACGUGGUUGCUGAAAGAUUCCCUAGGUGGUAACAGUAUGACGGCCAUGAUUGCUGCAAUCUCGCCAGCCGACAUCAACUUCGACGAAACACUCUCUACACUCCGUUAUGCCGACUCUGCCAAGCGUAUCAAGAACCACGCUGUCGUAAACGAGGACGCCAACGCUCGCAUGAUCAGAGAAUUGAAGGAGGAACUCGCACAACUACGCUCGAAACUUACCGCAGGUGGUGGAGGAGGCGAAAGCGGUGCCGUCGCGGGCGAACAAUAUCCGCCAGACACACCUCUGGAGAAGCAAAUGGUUUCCAUCACACAAGCCGACGGCACUAUCAAACAAGUGUCAAAAGCUGAAAUCGUGGAACAGCUGGAUCAGUCAGAGAAGCUUUACCAAGAUCUGAAUCAGACUUGGGAGCAGAAGCUACAGAAAACUGAGCUUAUCCACAAGGAGCGAGAAGCUGCUUUGGAAGAGCUUGGUAUCAGCAUCGAAAAAGGCUUCGUUGGCUUAUCGACGCCUAAGAAGAUGCCUCAUCUGGUCAACUUGAGCGACGAUCCGCUACUUGCGGAAUGUUUGGUCUACAAUCUGAAACCAGGCACGACAACAGUCGGUAAUGUCGAGACAGCGAAGACAGCAGAGAUCAGACUCAAUGGUUCCAAGAUCUUGCAUGAGCACUGUACAUUCGAAAAUGAAGACGAUGUUGUCACAGUAGUGCCCAGAGACAAUGCAGCUGUCAUGGUCAACGGUCAACGCAUCGACCAGCCCAAGAGACUGCGCAGCGGCUAUCGUAUCAUACUUGGCGAUUUUCAUAUUUUCCGCUUCAAUCACCCGCAAGAAGCAAGGGCCGAAAGAGCGGAGGCAGGCAGCAGGCUGAAGCAGUCGUUCACAGCAGACGAGAUCGGUGACCCUUCAUCUCCCUCGCCAUCCGCUGGCCAUGACCGCUCGUGGAGUAACGUUAGCAGGCUGAACCCAGAUUAUGACUCGGAUUCUAGAGCCAACUCGCCAAUGCCCAUGCGUAGUCUGAGUGGUCGCGAGAAUGACUAUGAUCUCGCCCGAAGGGAGGCUGUAUCAUCGAUGCUCGGCUCAGAUCAGAAGAUUGCGGCUCUCACGGAUGACGAGCUGGACAAUCUGUUUGACGACCUACAGAAAGUCAGAGCCGUUAGAAGAGGCAGACCGGAGAGCCGACUGUUUGAUUUGAACGAGGACGACUCUGACUCGGUCAGUUCGUUUCCUGUCCGAGAAAAGUACCUGUCGAACGGAACAUUGGAAAACUUCUCGUUGGACACUGCUCUUACGAUGCCGUCAACACCACAGGACGAUGAUGAAGACAAGACGUUACGUUUAGCCAAGGAGGGGCUGGAAGCCGAACUCGAACGACAGAAAGAAGAAUACCGAGCGCAGAUUCAGUCCGCGCAAGAAAUGAACGUCGAAGUAGAGACGAUACGCGCAGAGAAGACCAAGAUGGAGGAGAAUCUCAAAGCCGUCAAAGAGGAUAUGGAACAGCGACUUCAAGCACAGAAGGACGAAUACGAUCGUCAACUGAAAGAGCUUCGGAGCACUACUGCGCAGCCUGUAGAUCGUAAGACUGGUCUCACAGAGAAGCAACUUCAACUCGUCAAGUCGUGUAUCCAGCAUUGGCGUCAGCAACGGUAUGUCGCCAUGGCUGCUGCCUUGCUACAGAAUGCGGCCAUCCUGAAAGAAGCUCAAGUCAUGAGCCAGCAGAUGGACAAGAAUGUUGUCUUCCAAUUUACUGUCGCGGAUGCAGGUCACACAUACGGGUCGUCAUAUGACCUUGUUCUGAGCGAUAUCAGUGCUGAUGACGAUAUGGCUUUGCACACGGCUCGCAAACCCUGCACCGCGGUCAGAGUCAUCGACUUCAAGAACAACGUUGUCCACCUCUGGUCGUUACAUAAGCUGCGUGCUCGUGUGCGCUUGAUGCGUCAGGUGUUCCAAUACAUGGACAGGCCAGAGUAUAUUAAGCAUUUCCGCCUGGAUAAUCCAUUCUCGGAGUCAUGCCUACCACAGUAUACCCGAAUUGGAGACGCCGACAUCUCAUUGGCCGCCGUCUUCGAGUGUCGAGUGCAAGACUUUACCCUCGACGUCUAUUCACCAUAUACCAAUACGAUGGUCGGCAUUGUUCGACUUUCCUUGGAGCCAUCGUCAGCUGAGGCGCCAUCGUCCAUGCUCAAGUUCAAUGUCGUUAUGCACGACUUUGUAGGCUUCUCAGAGCAGGAAGGCACUGAAGUGCAUGCGCAGCUCUUCUUCCCAGGCAUCUCGGAAGAGGAUGGUGCAUCCACUACGCAGAUAGUAUCCGACUUUGACGAAGGCCCUGUACGGUUCGAUAGCGUGCACAGCAUGAGUUUGCCGCUCGCCAGUCCGCGUGACUCGUCUUUGCGAGUCUCUGUGUUUGCGCGAGUAACAGGCACACAUCUAGACAAGUUGCUCAGUUGGGAUGACAUGCGUGAUUCAACAGCUAGACCUCAGCUGAAGCGCAACAACUCUCGGAUAGCAGAGCAUGAGUACUACAACGAAGAAGGUCACGACGUCUUCGCGCGUAUUCAAGUGCUAGAGAUUGGGGAAGACGGCUCUUACAAACCUGUCGAGGUUGUACAGAAGAACAUCAUGGAUCCUGGCACAUACCAGCUUCAUCAAGGCCUUCAGCGUCGUAUCUCGCUGAACUUGACACACACUUCGGGCAACAUUCUACCACUUCAGGAAGUUACAUCUUUACGAGUCGGUAAUGUUCAUUUGGUAGACCCAUCUGGUAAAGUGCCCGAUUUGAGCUCUCAGCAGACCGAUGUGACGUUGACUCCUGUGUCUCCACCAAUAAUCCGCACCAACCCCGAUGGGACGACCAAUAUCCACAUCGUCACACAUUGGGAUUCCAGCUCUCAUGAGUCACUCCUACUCGACAGACCCACAGCCGAGGGAUACUGUGUCAAGUUGUCAUUUGCCUGGACCAUGGCAUCACCCAAGUUGGCUGAGCCAAUAGAGUUUGUGACAGACCUGGCAGUGCAGAUGCGAGGACGAUCAUUCAUGCGUCAAACCUCGCUGUUCUCGUCAAUCUUUAGCUCUUCACGUAUCGUCCGCUCGACCAGCGGUGCGUUCUCUGUCACCGUCAAACCGAUACCAUCCAAAAAAGCUGGGGAUUUGUGGCGGCUUAGCACAUCGAACACAUACAUCAAGGGCGAAGAGCUGCUUCAAGGCUGGUCACCACGUGGUGUUUCACUAAUUCACGACUUCAUUGACAGUCGUUCAAGCAAACGGAAGAUGGCUGAGAUUGAUGCUGCAAGAGGCGCGCUCAGCUCACACAGUCUCUCCAUGGACAUAACGUCGGCUCAAGCAGCACAAAGGACACCAGACGAGCGACAGAACACUCUCAUCCGGAGGAUACUCAAGCUCUGGACAGCCGAGCCAGCCAUUGGUAAGCUGAUCCUCACGGAAGCAAACACAGACUCGCCUCGUAAGGGGGCCGCUUUCGCCACCAAUGGCACAAGUAUGCCAUUAUCACUGGCGACUGUUCACUUCAUACCUAAAAAUCCUUCGUUACUCAAAGCUGGCUAUCUGCUCACGCCUGACCCAGCAGCUCGCGAACCAUCACGCUGGGUUCGACGCUACGUCGAGCUUCGCCAACCAUACAUGCAUGUCCAUUCCGCGACUGCGACAGAGCAUGAAGAGAUUGGCGCAAUCAAUUUGAACUCGUCGCGUGUCGAUGCAGCACCACAGAUUGCAAAAUUGCUCAGACGCGAAGGCGGCACGCCAACAGCGGUGGGCAGACACGGUGUUCCUGCUGUAGCAGCACCCGAGAAUGUAUUCGCAGUGUACGGCAGUACCAAAGCGUGGGUGUUUGCAGCUAGAACAGAGAGGGAUAAGAGCGAGUGGAUCUUCGCCAUUGAUAGGAGUUAUAUCGGGACAGAAGAGUUCGAGGACGACGAGGAUGAGGAUGACCGUUAUUAG